UUUUGCGGCUGCUGUUUUAUAGGCGUUGCUCUUUUAUUAUAAUUAUUUAUAUUGGACGUAAUGGCCCCGCAACCGGUGGUAACGGGUCUGUCGCCCAAGGAGGGUCCGCCGGGAACGCGUGUUAUUAUACGCGGUGAAUUCCUGGGUACACGUGUGCAGGAUCUCAUUGGUCUCAAAAUAUGCGGCUCCGACUGUCUGUUGUCGGCGGAAUGGAAGUCACCUAAUAAAAUCAUAGCCAGAACUGGCCCAGCCAAAGGGAAGGGUGAUAUUAUAGUGACAACUAUAAGCGGUGGCAUGGGCACAUCCACGGUGCAAUUUCGUGCUUAUCAUGAAACAAUUGGACCGCUCAAGGAGUCAGCUGUGUGGAUUGAGGAGUCGCCAUCGCAAAACUUUGCCUGGGGUCGCCGCACGCUAACGCAGUCUGGCCUAACUCAGGAAGAUCCGUUGGGUCUUUCCAUUGAGGGAAAUGAGCAGAAAAUACCGGAAGAUUUGCGCGAUUUGUUUCCCGAUGCUUGCGGUGAUUUGUCGCAGGAGAAUUUCUCACCCGCCUGGUUUUUGCUCGAGAAUCACUUGGCCACUUCGUUUGAAGAUCUUAAGGCUGGUCUGGCCUAUCUAAAGCGCAAGGUGGAGAGCCAAAAGGAGGGACAACUCUCGUUUCUGAAAUCAAAUGCUGGCUCAGUUAUUGAUCAGCUGGACACGCUAAUGAACAUCCGGGAUAAGCUGCAGGAGGAUGUCAAGCUGCACGGAAGCGAACCGCUAAAUAUUCUCGAGCAGUCCAUUGAGAACUCCAUUAAUGAAUCGCAGAAGAUCUUCACAGAUGUGCUCGUGCGCAAGGAGAAAGCAGACUCCACGCGCUCGGUGCUCUUUGCGCUGUCGCGUCACAAGUUUCUCUUCUGCCUGCCCAACACUGUGGAUCGUCGUGCCAAGGCGGGCGAGUAUGACAUUGUGGUCAAUGAUUAUUCGCGCGCCAAGAAUCUGUUUGGCAAAACGGAACUGGCUAUAUUUCGUCAGGUGCUGGAGGAGGUGGAUCAGCGCAUCUUGUUGAUACGUCGACAGCUGCACGAGAAGGUGGUCAAGAUGCCCCAGAGCGUGGAACAGCAGAAGAAGUUGAUCAAGGCGCUGACCAGCCUGGAGCUGCAGCAGAGCGGCACAACCAUUGGGGAUCGGCUGCGCAAUACGGAUCCCGCUUGGGAUGCCAUCGAAGCACGUGCUAAAUACUUGGAGGCCACCUUCCGCCAGACCUUUGAGCAGCACGCCAAUAAGGAUGCCGCCCCGCAGGAAAAGUCCAAGAGUCGCGAUCCCAGCCAGGCGCCCAGUCGUGUCAACUUUUGUGAGGAACUCUGCGAUAUUGCUGCCUCCCAGCUACCCGAUCUGUGGCGCCUGGGCCAGCUUUACUUCACGGGCGAAUUACGCGGACCGCACGACCCAAAGCCGGGUGACUUUAAGCGCAUGGUGCUAACGGCCAUCGAGAAGUUUUGUGUCUACUUGCGGCUGGCCAUACUCAUUGCUGCCGAUCAACGAGCCCUGCGCCAGUCCAGUGGCUUAUCAUGGCCCAUUGGCUCCUCCUCGGCUACACAUCAUUUUUUGCCAUGGAUACCGCAAUGUUUGCGUUACACGCGUAUAGCAUACGCCACACUUAUUGGUCUGGAUUUGCCCUCGGAUGCACUGGACAUUAUACAGAAGUUAAUCGAUGAGGUGCGCCUGUUUUGUUUCUCUAUCAUCUUCAAGCGGGCCACGGAUCGCUGCAAGAAGCUGGGCGCGCAGGAGACAUGGGAAAUGACAGUAGAGGAUUAUCCGGGUGCGACGCAGCUGCCCGCUGCACUGGAAACUCUGCUGGUGGAGACCCUAGACGAGGUGCAGUCUGUGUGCAUGCAGCCGGAGGUGCGUGAGGGCAAUCUGCUAGAGCCACAUUCAGAUGGGCAGCGCGAGGUAACACAGCGGCUGCAGGAGCUGCUGUCCGCAUUCAGCGCCGUCAUAGCCGAGUUGGCCUAUUCAACCCACGACGAUGAGACGCCUACGCAUAAUGUGUCCCAGCUGCUCGGAUUUCCAAAUGCCCAGCAACCGGAGUCGGUGUCCGGUGUUGGAGGCGCAGCUGUUAACUGGGAACAGCGCAUGCUCUGCUGCCUGGCCAACUAUGCGUAUUGCAACAAGAGCUUCUUUCCGCACAUUGGCGGAGUUUUCGUGCGCUACGGCUAUCCGUUGCCCACGCUGGCCAUUGAGACGGCGCGCUACAAUGCCAAUCAGCUGUUCACCAAUCUGCUGGAGGAAUAUGUGGAGCAUAAAGGUGAUCCACUGGUGGGCACCAUUGAGCCCUCCAUGUACCUGGGCCGCUUUCAGUGGGAUCACGAGAUGGAAAUUGGUCUGGGUCAGCUGCGUCCCUAUGCGCACGAGUGCUGCGAUAAUCUGGUGGGUGUUUACUCCGAAAUAUACAGCAUUUCGCCCUCACUGCUGCGUCCCAUACUGGAAUCGAUUGUGCAGACCAUUUCCGAAGAACUGGCGCGUCUGAUGAGCUGUGUGCAGCGAUUUAGCUACACGGGCGCCAUUCAGGCGCAUGUGGACAUACGACUUUUGCGCGAUGCUCUCGAGAACUAUGCCAACGAGACGGCCAAAAACUACUUUAUGGAGGCUCUGGAAGCCAUUACUCCGCCACUCAACAGCGAGCAGAAGCGCAAAGCGGAUGAGAUUCUUGAACGCGUGAAGCGCAAUAUGCGGCUGCAGUUGCUCUGCUUUGCCGUCAAAGAGCCAUAGGCACAUUCCCUCUAUAACUAGAU